AUUAGAUGAUGGGCGUAGUCUCACUGUGGGCGUAUCUAGUAGUUUAUAAACUUACAUUGCAUAAAGAUAGGUCAGAUACAGCGACACAAUGGCUGCAAAGUUACAGGGAGAUGAGAGCAUUGACGUUCUCCAUAGGGAUGUUAGUGAGGCUCCCAGUGAUGCCUGGAUGCCAGCCCCCCAGUCAGUGCCCUCAGGCUGUCCCCCAGGACUAGAGUAUCUCACAACUACAGACCAGGUCAUCGUACACCAAAUAGUGGAGGUUAUUGAAGCUGUGAGUGGGUUUGAGACGAAGAACAUGUACAAAAUAAAAAACGCCAUGGGCCAAACUAUGUACUCAGUGCUUGAAGAGUCUACAUGUGUGAUACGUCAAUGUUGUGGGCACUCUAGACCUUUUGAGUUGGCCAUUUCCAACGGCCAAGGCACAGAGGUAAUGAGACUAGUGAGACCUUUUCGCUGUGACAACACACUUGGGUUCUGCUGUCUUCAAGAGCUAGAGGUCCAGUGUCCCCCCGGGGAGACCAUCGGUUGGAUCAAGCAGAACUGCUCCUUAUUCUCACCUCGAUUCUCAGUCACAGACGCGAGUGGACAAGUAGUGUACAGAAUAAAAGGGCCGUGCUUCUCCUGCAAGUGGUGUGAUGUGGAAUUCCGGGUCACGUCCUCUGAGGACAAUGAACAUGUAGGAACUAUAACCAAACAAUGGUCUGGACUAUCUAAAGAGUACUUCAGUGAUGCUGACAACUUUGGAAUACUAUUUCCCAGUGAUACGGAUGUCAAGAUGAAGGCAAUACUGAUCGGAGCCGUGUUCCUUAUUGACUUUAUGUACUUCGAAAAUUAAUCAUCCCAAGUCAAGUCAGUGAACCCACUCUGUUGUAGGAAAUUGUUUUUGUACAGUGUCCUGUAUAACGAUGUGUCCUGUAUAACGAUGUGUCCUGUAUAAUGAUGUCAUGUAUAAAUUAUCAUGUGAGAA